AUGUAUCUACAAAAUCUCCCAGUCGAACUACUCUCAUGCAUCGCCACCCACCUCCUUCCAUCUGCACAAGACGUGAAUUCGCUAGCCAAAGCGUCUAAACUCAUGUACACAAUCUCUAACCCGAUUCUCUACCGCCACCAAAUCCUUCAUCAAGGUAGCUCGGCCUUAAUAUGGGCCGCCAAACACGGCAAACAAGACCCUUGCAACCGUCUACUGCAAGAAGGCGCCAACCCUAACACCCAAGAUGCGGAGCACAGAUCGCCCCUUUCAUGGGCAGCCGGAAACGGCCAUAGACAGGUCUCUUCGAUUUUUCUGAGCUCGGAAAACAUACUCCCGAAUGCGCCCGACAUACAUCUCCAAACUCCUCUCACCUGGGCAGCAGGGUACGGCGAGCCUGCUCCUCUUACGGGGUGGGGUCUGUCCAGGCUAAGAACGGGUGCCGUGCAUCCAAAGCAGGACGAUUACCUCGCCAUUGUGAAAUUGUUACUAUCGACAAAAGAUAUCCAGCCUGAUUGCCGGACCGAACGUGGUGAAACACCCCUUGUGGCUGCCGCAGCAGCGGGGGCAGGAGAUAUAGUAGAGGAGUUGCUUCGCACGGGCAAGGUAGACGCAAGUUCCAAAAAUAAAUUCGGCCAAACAUCACUCGUUGCAGCAGCCCAGUAUGGGCAUCUAAGCAUUGUCAAACGCCUCCUGGCAAUUGAAGGCGUGGAUGCGGACGCCAGUCUCCAGAGCGGAAAUGGCCCUCUCCUGGCCGCUACGUGGAAGGGAUAUGUGGAGAUUGUGAAAUAUCUUCUUGCUAUCCCUCUCCUGGAUCCAAAUCCACAGCCUGGUUUUGGAAACCGGUCUCUCUCAACUGCCGUUGUUGCUGGGCGCAUGGAUAUUGUAGAGGCGCUUCUUUCCAGCGGCAAGGUUGAUCCGAGCUUUCCGGAUAGACACGGAGUUACGGCACUCGCAAGGGCAGCGUAA